AUGUCUGUGAUUGAUAAACAUGCCCCACUUAAAAAGAAACGUAUAGGGAACCGAAAGUCUCCCUGGAUUACUUCACAUGUAGUUCAGAAAAUUCGCGAAAGAGAUUAUCUAAAAAGGCAAUUCGAUAUUACACGUGACGAUGAAAUUUGGUUACAAUAUAAGAAAGCUCGAAAUGAAACUAACAACACUAUUAGGCAGGCUAAACAUAACUACUUUAUCACUAAUAUUGAGGCUGCACGAAAAGAUCCAAGGAAAACUUGGAGACUAGUCAACGAUCUGAACUCUCGUAAAGUGAGUGAUGUAACCAGUGUCAAGAAAGUCAAUCUUUACGGUAAUGAAAUCACUAAUGCGGCUGAAAUUUCGGAUGCCUUUAAUUCAUAUUUCACCUCGAUAGGAGAGAAACUUGCGAGCAAAAUACCUAGCUCGAAUGUUAAUCCCGUUUCUUAUAUUCAAUCCACACAUAGUGUGUUUUCUUUCGAGGAAAUUGGUUUGUCCACUGUAAAUUGUUUGCUAAAAACGAUUAAUGCUAACAAAGCGACCGGCCCUGAUAAAAUCCCAGGUAGAUUAUUGAAAAUAGCCGCUGAUAUUCUUUCCCCCUCGUUAACCAGAAUUUUUAAUAGAUCGCUUUCUAUGGGGAUUUAUCCGACUGAUUGGAAAAUGACAAAAGUCUUACCGUUAUUCAAAAAUGGCGACAAAUGUGAUCUAAGUAAUUAUCGUCCAAUUUCAAUUAUAUCGGCGGUUGCCAAAGUUUUUGGUAGAACCGUUUAUGACCAAUUUUACUCCUAUCUGACAAGUAACAACUUACUGUCUAACUAUCAGUCAGGGUUUCGAGCAUCAUAUAGUACCGUUACAGCUUUAUUAGAGUCGAGUAAUAACUGGUGCGUAAAUAUUGAUAAGGGUUUGCUUAACGGAGUGAUCUUCAUUGACCUAAAGAAAGCUUUCGAUACAAUUGAUCACGAAAUUCUUAUACGUAAACUCAAGUGUUAUGGUGUGGAUGACAAUGCGCUAUCGUGGUUUAAUUCCUAUUUAAACAAUCGAAAACAGAAAUGCUACGUAAAUGGCAAACUCUCUGGUAGUCGUUCUAUCUCCCCUGGAGUUCCGCAAGGCUCUAUUAUAGGCCCACUUCUGUUUUUGAUCUAUAUCAAUGACUUGCCUAACUGCUUGAACGAGGGUUUACCUAGAAUGUAUGCUGAUGACACGAACAUCAGCAUGCAAA